UGAACUACCUCUUAUGAAAUAAAGAAAUGGAUGGGAUGGAUGAAACAUCUAAAAGAAUCCUAGAGCCAUACCAGUAUUUACUUCAACUACCAGCUUUGUCUGCUGGGUUGUUGAACUUGACCAGCUUGGUGGAGUUAAGCGCCACAGGGCAUGAACCUUACCACUGGCACAACUACACUUGGCACAUCAGAGGCCUCAACUUAAGCCAAGUUCCUGAGGGAGGCUGCAGCUCUCCAGGUUCUAAGCUGCAGGGCUGCCUGGGGGCAUCCACUGGGCCAGAAGAAAGUGAUGUCCCUGCCCCUAAAAGGUGUGGAGUGGUGGAAAAUGUGUGUCACCAAGCAAAGGAGCCAUGGAAGGGGGUCAGCAGGCUGCACAGCAUCAGAAAUAACAAAAAGAGCAAGACCAUGCAGGUUGAAGAGCUUGAAACCUCCAGGUAAGCAAGUGAGAACCAAACUGUCACAGGCCUUUAAUCACUGGCUGAAUGUUCCAGAAGAUAAAAUACAGGUUAUCAUUGAAGUGACAGAGAUGUUGCACAAUGCAAGCCUACUUGUGGAUGAUAUUGAAGAUAACUCAAAGCUACGACGGGGCUUUCCAGUGGCUCACAGUAUCUAUGGAAUUCCAUCUGUAAUCAACUGUGCUAAUUAUGUGUAUUUCCUUGGCUUAGAGAAGGUUUUAACCCUUGAUCAUCCAGAUGCUGUUAAAGUUUUUACCCGUCAACUUCUGGAACUCCAUAAAGGUCAAGGCUUGGAUAUUUACUGGAGGGAUACUUACACCUGUCCUACAGAAGCUGAAUAUAAAGCUAUGGUACUGCAAAAGACAGGUGGUCUCUUUGGAUUAGCUGUAGGCCUCAUGCAGCUGUUCUCAAAUUAUAAAAAAGACUUAAAGCCACUUCUUAACACACUUGGCCUCUUCUUCCAAAUAAGAGAUGACUAUGCCAACUUGCACUCCAAAGAAUAUAGUGAAAACAAGAGCUUUUGUGAAGACUUAACUGAGGGCAAGUUCUCAUUCCCAACCAUUCAUGCGAUUUGGUCAAGACCUGAAAGUACUCAGGUGCAAAACAUUUUACGUCAAAGGACAGAGAACAUAGAUAUAAAAAAAUACUGUGUACAUUACCUUGAAAAUGUGGGUUCCUUUGAGUACACUCGGAAUACAUUGAAAGAGCUUGAAUCUGAAGCCUAUAAACAAAUUGAAUCACUUGGGGGAAACCCUGAACUUGUCGCACUAGUUGAACAGCUGAGCAAAAUGUUCAAAGAACCUGAAAAUUAAAAAUUUAACUCCUGGGGGUGGAUUAAAACCCUUUUUAAAAUAGGAAAAUAACCAGACUAUGAGAGGUGUGAUGAUCAGUCUUGCUUAAAACUUUUUCUUGUAGCCAUGUUACAGAAAUCACUGUUAAAAACAAUUUGUCACUGAGUAUUGAAAUAUAUGCCCUAUUAUCUAUACAGUCUUAACUGUAACUGCUUACAGAUAGAUGUCUUUGUUGAAGCAGAUGUACCAGAACCGAAACAAGCAUUGAAUCUAAAUGUGAUCAUCUUUACAAAAUCAUCAGCAUUAUUUCAGGCCUAAAACUCUCAUAUCUUUAACCAGGCUACUGUAGGUUUCUGGCUGAAAUUCUGUGUUAAGUGAAACCAGAUUGACCUGAGUGUAUUGUGCAUUUUCAGGCAAUGCUCUAGUAAACCAAAAUGUACAAUGUUAAAUAACAAAAGAUGCUUGCACGUAAAACUGUUGUGUGAUAUUUCUAAGUUAGACUUGUGAAGAUCAGAUGGAUCAGCUUCCUGAGUUCUAAAGUGAAUAUCCUAUCCAGCUGCUGGGGAUAUUUUCAGGGGAAUGCAAAUCAUGAAAGAUAGUAUUUUAUAUGCAAAUAAGACUAAUGUUUAGUCUGAAUCGUACCGUUAUAAAGAUUUCUGAGUACCUUGGAGAAAAGAUUCCAUCACAUCAGCAAAGUGUAAAUUUGCUGCUGAUUCCAGCUCUGCAGUGAAUAAUUUUGACUGCCUGGUUUUAGAUCUUUAAACUGUCAAAUAUUUUGUAGCCAGGGACCUAAAACUAUGCAUUAGAGCUCAUGCAUGUGUCUGUAAAUAGCAACAUAGUAACCUGCUACUAGAAGUGGAAUGGGAUCCACACCAGGUAACUUCAGGACACCAUAAUUGGUGCAGGUCUCUUUAAUCUCUGCUUAUAAUUGAGAGGGGCUUCUCCAGGAGUUGAUUCAUAAUUUGUACUGCAUUCCUGUUCUGAAUUGCUAUCUGGAGGCAUGUUAUAGGUCUCUCCAAAGAGACAAGUUCUGUCAUUUUUUGCUGAAACAAAGUGCAGCAUCUUGUUCUACAAGCUAUAAUACCACUUCAGUUUUGUUAAUUGCUUAAAGAGUGCUUUAAAAUUAUGUACACAGACAUACUGAAAUAGAACUGGAACUGAGAGUGAGAUUGAGGAGGGAGGGCUGAUAAGUGACAAAACCCUCUGCUCAUCUAUGUAGAAAUAUGUAUAUGAAGGUGAACAAAACAUAAGCAGAGACAUUUUUCUUCUUGGCUGGGAUGGCUUUAAUUAGGUUCAGUUCCCUUAGUCUUCAGAGCCACUUAAAGCUUUGCUUUAGUGUAGGGAGCUAAUGGUUUGGAUCAAAGGUACGACUGGUGCUAUCAGCGGUGGUGUUAGCUCAAGCAUAGUCUUAAAAGAAAUGGCCAGAGAUACUUGGCUUCUGACAGAUAAAGGAUAGUUUUAUGCAGGUGUUCAUUUACUGUACCUGGAAAGCAGGGAGAGUCAUGGUCUCAACCCACUGUAGACAAACACUAACUGAAGAAGGUUGCUCUAGUGUCUUCCCUGGGCAGUUAAGAUUCUUCUGAAAGUGAUCAAGCAUGAAAAAACUCAGGAUGACUGCCUUUAGUCAGAGACAUUAUGUAGUUAUAGAUGAUAGCCCAUCCCUUUUAUCUGCAUACUGAGGAGGAAUCUUUGUCUGCUCUGUGAUUAGGCACAGAAUAAUAGCUUUUUCACUGAAUGGACCUGUUUGCUGGGACUGAAUAGCUUAAAGUUGGUGAAAGGUGUCUUUUCUUUAAUGUUAAUGACAGUGAAUUGUAAUUCCUUUUUCAUAACUUGUGGUGCUUAGUAGUAAGCCUGUAAAUCUGUAAUGGUUUAUGAGAAAAUACUAUCAGCAGCAAACUACAACAUUUAUUUUGUGCUGUGUCUUGGGAGUUUCAAAGCACUGUUGCAGCUGAUGUUGAAUGGGGGAGAGUACUGGAAAAACUAUUGUCAGGAGAAUCUCCUAGUCUUACUGUAAAAGAUAUCCUUGUGCCUAUUAGGAUAUAGUAACUGACAUAUACAAAGUGAAGUGUACUUAGUGCCAUUUCUUGUCUGCUCAGUUGCUGGAUGUAAACAGUGUUGUAUAAUCAAACUUUCCCUAAUGAGGUAGCUUUUCUUAUUUUUGUGUAAAACUUUUCUACCAUUGGAGUCUUCUGCUAUGACAUCACUUCUUUGGUUCAUUCUGGCAACUCACCCCAGUACUUCUUCUAAUACCAUAUUUUGUAGAAUGUGCCUGCAUUAACUUAGGAGUAAGUACCUUGGAAGUUUUCCAGCUGCAGGCCUUUUAAACCACAAAUGGGUAAGAAGGGAAAAAAGCUGGACCGGCAAGAAGCCAUACAGCUCUUACUCUUCUGCCUUCAAGGCUUUUGAUACCAAUAUUCAAAGCAUAACCUGAAGGUAUAUCUUAAAAGGCCCAGAAGCAGGGUAUCAUUGCUCUUCACUUUGGUUAGGAUGAACUGAGGCCUCUGAGGGUUUUUCUUGAUGUAUUCAGGAGCUGGAAGAGGCUGGGAUCUUUCCCCUUCAUCUGUUAAGCAGGUAGAGCAUCUUUAAGUAUUAAGCAUCAGCAGUGAUGAUGCUCCGUAGUCGAGGUAGACUUUAUAUUUGGUGCCAUAAGAUGAGACUGUGCAUCCUCAUCAAUAUUCUCCAAUAUUCACUCUGGUACAAGCUCCUGGUGUUAAUACAUGUUAGGAAAAUAACUUCCUUAAAGCAGCAUGAGAGUUCUUGUGGCUGCAGAAUUAGUUUAGUUGUGUAAGUGCUGCUCUCUCUUGCUAUGCCUCCCACAACACAGGGAGUAGGUUUUUUUCCUGAUCUUCACAAGAGAUGCAUUGCUGUGGAAUGCAAAUCUGAGUUGCAAGUGGAAAUGCCCAUGGGGAAACAAAGGGUAUGCUGGUUUCAAUGUCAGUCCCUUUGAGCCAGAACUGUUCCCUUUAUUAUCUUCCUACCAUUGCCAACAAGUUCUACUUUGAUCAGGUUACCAGUGCAUAUAAAGAGAAAUGCAAAUACUUUGCAGUCUCUAGCAUUUCUCUCUACCUCAAUCUGUUUUCUGAUUGUGUGCUUGCUUGGAUGUAAGUGAAUGCUGGAUGUAAAUGAAUGCUGUCACCUGUCUCUCAGUGGCCAGCCAUUGGAUGAGGCAUCUGUCUCUGCUUCUUCAAAGGCUAUCCCUAUCAGCUAUAGUGAAAAUUGCAUCAUUUCAGGACCUUCUUGAGGAGAUAGCUUGUCUCCCACCUCUCCCUUUGAGCUCAGGCUGUUCAGGUACCUAGUAAGAGCAACUUUGUAUGUAUUGGCCAAUUGCUGAUACAAACAGCCUAAAAAUGUGAGUGGCAGUGGGAAGGUACCUGUUGAUACUUCUUCAUGCUUUCAACUUUAUGGUUGAUUUUGCUAAUUAUUAAAUAUCUAAAUGACUCCAUGUACUAUGGAAAUUUCCUAUAUUUAUGGCUUCUUUCCCCAGUUAUUGUUAAAAUGCUAACAUGGUAUGAAAACAUGGGAUUUGUGGGUUUUGGUUUUGUGGGGUUGCGGGGGGUGGGGUUUGUGAGGUUUGGGGUUUUUUUGCAUCUUCUUAAAUAAAACUGGUUUGAACUCUAAUAUGUCUUUUACCACUGAAUUGGGCCAGGCAUGUGCAAGAGCUAUAUAGGCUUCCAUUGCUCUUCUUUGUUCUGUCUUAAUCUUAUCAUUUUACAUUUCAGGUUUGAUAUUUACUAUGUUCUUUGUAUUAUUUGCUCAGUACUUUCAUUGUAAUUCUUUUCUCAGCUAUAUUUGUAUUCUGCUACUAAUACCAUAGCACACACAAUACUAUCAAACUCUUUUUUGAUCCUGGACAAACAAAAUAGUCUGGGUCUGCUUUUGAAAUGGUAAAUCUUGGCUCGUCAUUUGCCUUCAUAAAAGUAAUCCAAGAUUUUCUGCACUCCUGAAAUGCCAGAAAUGUUUUUUCCAAGAAGCUAAAGCCUGUAACAUAUAUUGUUAUAAAUUAUUUUUGUCCUAUAUAGCUUGAGCUCCUUUCCUUCUGCUACCUGUUUGCUUUCAGCACCCAUUUUGCUUUGGUGGUAAUGCUUAUUAGGCCUUUCUGUGAAACAACUCACUAGCCCUGGGGGAGAGGAGUUAAUUUUUGUCUGGGUUAAUGAAUUAUCCCACUCAGCAAGAGCCUGAUGAAUGUCAGAGCUGGCAGGUGGACAGAGGCUAGAGCAGAGCCAGGGAAGGGAUUUGAGAGAAUAAGAAAACCCGUGUUAGGCUCCUGUGGCUGCCUCAUGUAACUUCACCUCAUUUUACAGGAUCUUCUUCACUUCGUUAGGAAAGAAAGGCUAAAGAGCAUGGUUAGUUUUUCUAAGCUUCCCUUUCUUGCUUUCCAAAUUGAAUGUAAGAGAUACUGAAGUUAAAAAUUAUUUAUUCUGAUAGUUAUUUAUAUAACUUGCAUAUAUCAUCUUAACCUUUUGAUUAAAGGUACAGGUAAAACAGAGUACCUUGUUUCAUUACUAUAUCUUUCUUUAACAAUUUUUCUGUUCUUGAAGCCAGGGAAACAUAACCUGCUACCUGCCUACUUGACUUGAUUGUUACCUCAUAGUAACAUCCUUCCUGAAUAACUUUUAUCAUAGCUGAGCACCAGUGUUCACCUUUUCUGCAGCAUUUUUUAAUUACUUUAAAGGCACCUUUGCGAGGUGUGGCUAGGAGUAAUCCAUGAUUCAUUAAUUCACUUUCAUUCAAGCAUAGUAUCUGUGAAAUUUAUAGUACGGAUGCAGGAUAGACCACAUGAAUCCUGAUAGCGCUCCCUCACCUGUAUGCCCUAUGGAACAAAUAAGUUCUCACUUAACUCAUUGAAAAGGCAUUUACUGAGCAUCUUUGUUUACUAUAGCAUAAAGAACCAUGGGAGAUACCCAGAGAAAGCCUAACACGAUGCUUCCAGGGAGAGCACUGCAAAACCUGACAUGAAUUUUUGGGGAAGACUAACUCUGAUGUAAAGGGAAAUCAUAGUUAAUUUUCUGCUUUUGAACUCCAAAACAAUCCAUGAAAAUACUCUCUACUCUGUCAGUAUAUGAAUUAUAUGCUGUCUGUAAGCAGUUGCAUCUUUUCUUGAUCACAGUAGAUUAUUGUCACUCUCUUCAUAAUGUUUCAGUUGUUAUUUAUGGAGCAUAUGGUACAAGUUACUUAAUCACUCAGUAAAGUAAUUAUUGAAGUCUGUAAAAAGGAAAAAUGGCAAACAUUUUUAAUUAUGCUGUCUUGAAAUACACAUAAAAACUGGCCUGUUCUCUUGCUAUAAUCUAGUAUAUGUUAUUCUGCAGUGAACUUCUGUUAUGCCUCCCUCAGCUAACAACUUUCACCAACUUAAGUUAUUAAAAUCAGGCUGACACCAAGACCAUGUGAACAAAUUAAAAGGAAUAAAAAAGUGUUUGCAAGGAAAAACCCUGAAGUUCUCUAAAAACAGAAUUUCAGAUAAUUAUAGAGUUAAUACAUGAAGCAUGGAACUAACUCCUACAGUUUUUCUGUGGCUUUAACUGAAGAACCUAUUGCUACUUAUGCUCUCUUCUUUUUGGGGCUGGGAUAGGGUGUACAGGUCAAAGUAAAAACCAUAUGGAGGAAUUGUCAUUGCUAUUCCCAGAAAUGUAAAAACUGUGCUAUAAACCUAAUCCCUUAUAUUUUACACCAACCAAAAUGAAUGUUCAAUAAAUUCUGAAGUUAAA